GAUGCAUUAAUCCUUUCCCCUUUAAUUUCUCCAUUCCAUCAAUCCUUCCUUCAAUAGUUCAAUCUCAACAUUCACAAUCCUCCGCAACCAUGGUGGUUCUGUCACCGCCGGCAUUAGACCACUGUUCUCUGAUCAAAACAUGCAAGCCAACCACCAGUGUUUUCACUGAAAUUCCGGUGAUAGACAUAUCAGACCCUGAAGCCAAGAACCUCAUAGUUAAAGCCUGUGAGGAGUUCGGGUUCUUCAAGUUGAUCAAUCAUGGCGUUCGAAUGGACCUCGCCGCCUUAUUGGAAUCCGAAGCGCUCCGGUUCUUCAACCUCCCACAGUCGGAGAAAGACAGGGCUGGCCCUCCUGACCCUUUUGGCUACGGUAACAAGAGAAUUGGUCCAAAUGGUGACGUGGGUUGGGUCGAAUACCUCCUCCUCAAUACCAACCCUGAAGUCACCUCCCAAAAAACCCUCUCUGUUUUCCAAGAAAACCCAGAAAUUUUCCGUUCUACGGUGAGAGAUUACAUAUCGGCAGUGAAGAAUAUAACGUUUGAAAUUCUGGAACUAAUUGCGGACGGACUGAAGAUUGAGCAGACGAACGUGCUGAGCAAGCUGCUGAGAGAUGAGAAGAGUGACUCGUGUUUCAGGAUAAACCACUACCCACCAUGUCCAGAGCUGCAGGCAUUGAGUGGUAGAAAUUUGAUUGGGUUUGGGGAGCAUACAGACCCCCAGAUAAUGUCUGUUCUAAGAUCCAACGACACAUCUGGCCUGCAAAUCUGUCUCCGAGAUGGGACUUGGGUUUCGGUCGCACCUGAUCAGAACUCUUUUUUCAUUAAUGUUGGUGAUGCCCUUCAGGUGAUGACUAAUGGGAGGUUUAAGAGUGUGAGGCACAGGGUGUUGGCUGACAAUAUGAAAUCAAGGGUUUCAAUGAUCUACUUUGGAGGACCACCUUUGAGUGAAAAGAUUGCACCUUUGGAAUGCCUUUUGGCAAAAGAAGAAGAGAGUUUGUACAAGGAGUUCACAUGGAGUGAAUACAAAAAGUCUGCUUACAAGUCAAGACUAGCUGAUUAUAGACUAGGGCUCUUUGAGAGAACUGCAGGCCAAUAAUGUGUGCUAAAAAUUCCCAAAUUGGAUAAAAUUAGGGUUUUGUCAAAGUUCUAAAUAGCUGCCCAAAAAGUUGACUCAGCUUGCCAUAGAUGGAAAGCAAAUAGGUUAUUUUUGUUUUAACGGCAAAGCAAAAGCAAAUAGGUUGUUCUUUUUAGCUUUUUUAUUCUUCCAUGACUUUCUUUGUUUUAUUAUUAUUUUUUUUCUUAAUGUUUAUGUAAACCAAAACUACUUCUCCAACUAUGAAUGCUAGUU